CAAAAAUUUUACUUGGCAUGUACCCGGAGAAAUACGAAAUGAUAUGCUUUUGAAUUAAUCUUUCUAUCAAAUCCCAAACCGUAGCAGAGGAGAGCAGACUAGCGCUAAACAUAGUGCCGCUUUCAUUCCAUUCUAUCUCUUUCCUUCAUUUCUGCUCCGACACUGACAGUCCUCUCUUCUCCGACCCCAUCUUCAAUCUCAAUUGGGGGAGACCCCCUACUCUCUCUCUCUCUCUCGAUAUGGCGGUCUCUUUCCAGACAACUAUUCAUCCCCAAGCUAGACUCGCUCACGCGCCUCCAAGUUGUGGAACAAAGCUUUAUUCGGGUUUAAAGCUUCAAUCUCCAGGCACUUUUGGAGCUGGAAAACCCAACUUGACAGCUGAGUUCUAUGGAAAAGUUCACAAGAGUCUUCAGCCUAGGAUCAGUAAUCAUAAACCAACAAGAGCACAAAUUGGAAUGAUGCCUAUUGGAACUCCAAGGGUGCCCUAUAGGACUCCCGGUGAAGGUACUUGGCAAUGGGUUGAUUUGUGGAAUGCCUUGUAUAGAGAACGUGUCAUCUUCAUUGGACAAAAUAUAGAUGAAGAGUUUAGCAACCAAAUUCUUGCCACAAUGCUUUACCUUGAUAGCGUUGAUAAUAAAAAGCUCUACAUGUACAUUAAUGGUCCUGGUGGAGACCUUACUCCAAGCCUGUCUAUUUAUGAUACCAUGCAAAGCUUAAAGAGCCCCGUUUGCACCCAUUGUGUGGGCUACGCUUACAAUCUAGCAGCAUUUCUUCUUGCAGCUGGAGAAAAGGGUAACCGAUAUGCAAUGCCUUUAGCAAGAAUUGCAUUACAAUCUCCUGCUGGAGCUGCCCGUGGUCAGGCUGACGACAUUCAGAAUGAAACAAAUGAACUUCUAAGAAUCAGAGAUUAUCUUUUUAAUGAAUUGGCUGAGAAAACAGGCCAGCCAGCUGACAAGAUUAGCAAAGAUUUAAGUCGAAUGAAGCGGUUUAAUGCUCAGGAGGCCCUUGAAUAUGGGCUAAUUGAUCGUAUUGUGAGGCCUCCUCGCAUUAAGGCUGACGCACCUCGCAAGGAUGCUGGGACAGGUCUCGGUUAGUUGUGUAUUAUUGUAUUUUUCGCUCAUAUUUUAGAUCCUUGCCGAUACCAACUGUAGGGCUUAAAUGUUUCAGAACUUCAUUUAAUGCUUCUGUAAUUGGCUUUGUUAUAAAUUUUUGCAUAGAGAUUUGUUAUUUUGAACGUUUAAACCACACUUAAAAGACUCAGAAAGCAUUAGCUCAAAA